GGAGGACUGUGCCUCCUCUGUCAACUGAGACAUAAUGGAUGGUGUCGAAGUAGAGGAAUUAUUCAGAGUGUUGGAUUCUUCUAUCUCACAAAUCAAAUGGCGUCUCAGGUCUCUAGCCAAGCGUCGAAUCCAAAUAGGUAAUGUGACAUUCAUGUGAUAUGCUAUGCCACUGGUUUAAUAAGCCGAUGGUGAUAUGAAACGUUAAUUGCCUGGCUCAAUUAUGAAAGUUCAAGUUGUUAUUAGUAAAGUUAUAGAGAUUUUCUAGCAUUGUGCACAGAGAUGAGGCCAGCUAUAAUGGUUGAUUAUGGUGGUAAGAUGCCCGAACUGCAGGAGCAUCUGUGUGCACUUCUUAAAUGUUGUCAACAGAUUUAGAGAUUAAAUGAACACGUUGGACUCUUGCUACCUCCCACUUACCAAGGAGUUGGCCAUAUUUGAGCGUCUAAGAGUGAUGGUUAUCGAAGAUAUGAUAUAUUUGAUACAUGUAAGAGCACUUGCUGAGUACGUCCACUCGAGUCUGAACGCGGAAGUUAAACUGCUCUUUGUGAACUUAGAGCAUGAUCCUCCGAAGAUGGUAACACAAGCUGAAAAUAGCUCAUUGGCAGCAGAACUUAUAAGAGUGCAGAAGUUGUUCUCUUUGUUUUUCCCUCUCAGUGAAAUAAAUGAUGAUCCUUUGUCUUGUCACACAAUGAAUAGUAUGGAUAAUGCUGAAUCCUCUGUCAAUAAGCCUAUAACUUGUCAAUCCUCUGAAUUCAUUGAUCUCAGUAGCUGCAUGAAGGACACUGAAGUCACUGUGCCAACUUUAAAUGGAUGGCUUCUUGGUUAUCCGGUCGUGUACUUGUUCAGCAAGGAGCACAUUGCAGAUGCCAUUUAUAAUCUUUCCACCAAGUAUCUUCGCAUUUUCAGAAUUUUAAUCUGCAGGAAUAUUUCACCCAAUAAAGGAUCACAGCCAGAAGAAUUGAUGAGUUUCUCUGUGCCUUAUGAACUGAGCAUGGGAGGAAGCAAGGAACCGUGGGCUGAGGCAUUUCUAGCUGAAAUGCAGUCAAGGUGGGAAAAAAGCAAACAAAUUUGGAGGCCUUUGCAAAUGGAAGUUGUUGAAUGCUAUCCACAAGCAAUUGUGUUGUAAAUGGAGGCCUUUCUAGUUUCUAUCUAUUUACAAAGAGAAAUAUUGUUAUUUCUUUCACAAUAAUUAUUAUUUUCGGGGAUCAAACUUGUUUUAUUUUAGGGAAGAAGCUUGAGUAAGCAUGUCAUCUAUGAUUGCUUACAAUGAUAACACCUUAAGAAUGUUUCAUUUAUUAGUAUAUUGUCAUGGCUUUACUGUAAAUAUGUGUAUUUAUUGCAUGGAAACAUUUUCAAGUUUUACAA